AUGGGCUUGGAUUACAAAUUGAACGACCGUCAAAUGUACGGAAUGCACAGUAUUUCCGACGAGCGUGUUUCUUUGCUCCCAGUGACGCGAUCCAGCGCCAGUACCAGGCGCUUAUCGUUGACUGAUGGUCUCAAUAAAAGACUAGAGGAGUUCCGUGAUGUUUCGAAGCGAAGACGAAUUAAAACGAUGCUGGUUUUUGGAUGGACACGGAUUUUAGCGCUAUUGAUUUAA